CCUAAUCCUAACCCCAACAUUUCCCGCGAUUUGGAUUUAGGCUGUAGCAGUAUCACAUUUAGUAUCACGUUUUUUUCCAAAGCUUUAUUUGACCCCCGAUGAGCGUUUGGACCCGGAAGUGGUGUCGUGUGACGUCAGACUUAACAAUCGGAUAGCGACAACAAUGCCUCCUAACAUUCGGCUUAAGCAUUCUCGGUGUUUUGUUAUCGGAUGUAAAAAUGAACAUAGGAGUAUUCAUUUACUCCCAACAUCCGAGGAACUGAGGACGCAGUGGAUUAGUUUUAUUUUUAAAGGCAACGUGCCUCAAAUUAUACCCAGAUUCGUUUUUGUUUGCGCCAAUCAUUUCACCUCAGAAUGCUUUGUGAACGAGGGGCAAUACAAUGCAGGCUUUGCUAAAAAGUUGCUAAUAAGGGAUGGAUCUGUACCAACUAUUCGUGAUCCAUCUUUAGUUCCCGGAGGAAUCAAGGAUAAUUCACUUUUGGUGAUCUCUGGUCAGUUAUCUGGUAUCAAUUCAAUGACACUUCAAACCCCAGAAGGGAUCCAAGCGAAAAACGAAAGUGACAGACAGGAGGCAAAAACAACAAUUGACAUCGGCGCAGCUUUUCCGCUGUGGCAAACGUACCGAGAAAAAAAUGGAUUUAGGACUGACACGGAGCUGGCUUUUUACUUACUGAAGAGGGUGCGUGGUGAAGAACUUUCAGCUCGGAGUAAAAAAAGAAGAUUGGAGACGUUAACUGAUGUGCUUGCACUACAAAAAGUGGAAAGUGAGAAAAAUUCAUCUCAGUCCAGCCAGGACCAUCAGUCCACAGAUAAAGAUGAAGACACGGAGGUGGCAGAGAUCUGCUAUGAAGUUCCUUUUCCAUCUCAGACAGAUGAAUCGGCACAGACUAAUUUAGAGUCGGAAGACCAGAUGGUGGAGGACGGGCAAGGAUUUGAAGACCAGAUAAUAUCAGAAGUCCAGAUAAAGUCAGAAGACCAACUUGAAGAAGAUGUCUCCAAUGAUUCUGUUGCUCCAGCAUUAGACAGUGAAGAUAUUGAUCCACAGAUUUCAACUUCACCUACUAAAAAAGAAAUUAAAAAAGAACCAGCAGAGACUGAAGUACCACCGGAGAACAGACUUGAGGUCGGCAUGAAUUCAGUUGCUACGUCGGACAAGAUCUGUCACAGUUUUGUUCAGACUGCAAACCCAGUGGCAGUAAAAGAAGAACACACAGAUGACCCGCUGGUGUCUAAAAAAACUCAUUUAACAGGACUGUUCAGGACAUGAAUUUAAUGUGACGAGCCAGUGCAGGAUUAUACAACCGUAUUAUCUUUGAACCUCAACCAACUUCUGUGGAAAUGUUUGAUGGGACACCGCAUGUGAUGUGUCUUUUCCCCAAAAGCAUCCCAACACAGACAGAGCUAGUUUUUAUAAAGUGGAGUAGAAUUUAAAGUCACAGUGGAAAAAGUCAAGCCUACCUUUUUUCAUUUCAGAAGCCUUUUUACUUGAUAUACAUCACCACGGGAAUCGCUACUUUUGUUUCAUGGCGAAUUUAAAUAAAUGUUUACUUUGAUAUAACACUUAUCAGUGGAAAUGUGCAAACAUAAUAGACACGUAUGUCUAGAUUUUGUAAAGUGGGAUGAAAAAUAAAGGCUUAGUUUGAUGUAA